CUGCUGAACUUACCAAAGAUGCUGCUCAGAGGAAUUGUAGAUAAUGUUUAGGUUGGUGUCCUAGCCUUACCAUCAUGGGGACGGCAUCAUCCCUGGUGAACCCAGGAGAGGUCAUUGAGGACACGUAUGGUGGAGGUGGAGGUGAAGCUUGUGAGAUUCCAGUAGAAGUGAAGCCCAAAGCACGACUCCUGAGAAGUUCUUUUAGACGUGCUCCAAGAGUCAUCGGUGCUAGCUUCAAAUCCACAGCCUCUGUAGACCUUGAAUAUGCUGCUGAAUAUGAAAGGCUGAAGAAGGAGUAUGAGAUCUUCAGGGUCAGCAAGAACAAUGAGAUUGCCGCCAUGCAGAAGAAGGAGGUGAAACUAGAUGAGGAGAACAAAAGAUUGAGAGCAGAGUUGCAGGCCCUGCAGAAAACGUACCAGAAGAUACUGAGAGAGAAAGAGAGUGCAGUCGAAACUAAAUACCAGGCCAUGGAAAGAGCUGCCACUUUUGAACACGACAGGGACAAAGUAAAGAGACAGUUUAAGAUUUUCAGGGAAACUAAAGAAAAGGAGAUCCAGGACUUGCUGAGGGCAAAACGAGAACUUGAGGCUAAAUUUCAGAGGCUGCAGGCCCAGGGUAUCCAGAUGUUUGAUCCAGGAGAGUCAGAUUCGGAUGACAAUGGCACUGAAGUAACUGUUCCUGGGACCCAAUGUGACUUUUGGACCGGUGGAGCCUUGGGGAGCGAGCCUUCUAUGGGCAGCAUGAUGCAGCUACAGCAGUCUUUCCGUGGACCAGAGUUUGCUCACAGUUCAAUUGAUGUUGAAGGACCGUUUGCUAAUGUGAACAGAGAUGACUGGGAUGCAGCGGUCACCAGUUUGUUACAGGUUACACCGCUGUUCUCUCAGGCACUGUGGAGCAACACUGUACGAUGUUACCUGAUGAACACAAAAGACACACAAGCAGAAGUAGACAUCUUCCUGAGGGAAUAUGCUCCCAAACUUCAGAGAGUAUGUGAGACAUUGGGUUAUUUCUUUCAAGUUGUUUACUUCCCUGAAGAAUGUGAACGCCACUACAUGCCUGUCAAGAAAUGGGAAAUUGAAAAGAGUUCCUUAGUAAUUUUAUUUUUGGCUUCCCCCUUACCCAGCGGUCUCUGGGAGGAUUGUAAGGAAGCAUUCCUGAGGAACACUGAAGCAAAGCCUCGCAUCAUUUAUCACAAGAUGGGGGGCGGCACUCUUGCCGUUGACUGUGUCCAGCAGCUACUGGAGCAAGAUCCAAACAAGUCAAACAGAACAAAGACUAUUGAUCAUUGGGGAGAUCCAGAGGAAGGAGCACAUAAAACUUAUUGCCAAGUGGAGCAAGUCAUCAGACAGGAUCUGUUGGGUGGUGAGAUUUCUGACCCUGAUGCGAAAGAUGACCCAGCAGUUAAAGAAGAUGAGGACUUUGGCGAUCUUCUUUGGGAUGUGCAUGACGAGCAGGAGCAGAUGGAACGUUUCCAGCAAGCAUCUCAAUCUACUUGUGAGCUGGGGUUCCAGAAGUAUUUUGAUCGUUUGAAUGACUUGGUUGCGGCUCCAGCACCCAUUCCACCACUUCUUAUUUCUGGAGGUCCAGGAUCUGGGAAAUCACUUCUUCUGUCAAAGUGGAUCCAACUUCAGCAGAAACAUUCACCAAACACAUUGAUAUUGUAUCAUUUUGUUGGAAGACCCUUGACAACCAGUUCUGAGCCGGCACUUAUAAUAAAAAGACUGACUCUCAAGCUCAUGCAGCAUUCCUGGUCAGUGUCAUCAUUUUCAAUGGAUCCUGGAAAGUUUUUGGAAGAAUUUCCACAUUGGCUUGAAAAACUUUCUAUCCGUUACCAGGGAAACAUCAUCAUUAUUAUAGACUCUAUUGAUCAGAUACAGCAAUCUGAAAAACAUAUGAAAUGGCUGAUUGAUCCGUUACCAGUGAAUGUGCGUGUAAUUGUCUCUGUCAAUGUUGAAACCUGUCCUCAGACAUGGAGAUUGUGGCCUACUCUUCACUUAGAUCCUCUUAAUUCAAAAGAUGUGAAAUCCCUCAUUAGUAUGGAAUGCAACGGGGCAAAUAUUGAAUUGACCAAAGAACAGGAGAGGAAGCUGGAAAGACACUGUAGGUCUGCCACAACCUGCAAUGCCUUGUAUGUGACCUUACUUGCUAAGAUACUCAUCUGGGCCGGGAGCACCGGAAACAUUGCAGAUGUUUUACAACUUUGUAUGCAAUGUCAGGAUACGGUGUCAUUGUACAGACUUGCCCUGCGCUGUGUGCAGGAGUUCAUGCCUAGUGCCAGUGACAAGGAUCUCAUGAGAGAGGUACUGUGCUUGAUCAGUGUCAGUCACAAUGGAGUUAGUGAGUGCGAGCUGAUGGAUCUCUGCCCUGGGCUGACAUGGCCCGUCCUAACAUUUUUGGUCUACCAUAUGAAUAAGAUGGCUUUACUAGGGUACAGCUGUGGUCUUCUUCAGUUUCAACAUCUACAGGCCUGGGAAGCUGUCAGAAUGGAGUACAUGCAAGGCGGUCAGAAUAUUGUGUCUGAAUACAGAGAGAAACUUAUACAGCACUUCGCAGCAGAGUUAAGUCAAGACAGGGUGACGUGGAGAAGUGCCGAUGAACUCACCUGGCUCUUCCAGCAGCAGGGAGAAAAGCAAAAACUGCAGAGAUGUCUCAUGAACCUUUUCGUGGCACAGAAUCUUUACAAACGGGGGCAUUUUGCUGAAUUGCUCAGCUACUGGCAGCUUGUGGGGAAGGACAAAAUCUCAAUGGCCACUGAAUAUUUUGACGCAUUGAAACAGUAUGAGAAGAGCUGUGAAGGAGAGGAGAGUAUGACUCGUCUUGCAGACCUUUAUGAAACACUUGGACAGUUUCUCAAAGACUUGGGUCUUUUGGGCCAGGCGGUGAUUCCUCUACAGCGCUCCUUGGAGAUUCGAGAAACGGCAUUAGACCCUGAUCAUCCGAGUGUAGCCCAGUCACUGCAUCAGUUAGCGGGAGUCUACUUGCAGUCCAAGAAGUUUGGAAAUGCUGAGCAGUUGUACAAACAGGCUCUAGAAAUCACUGAAAAUGCUUAUGGCAGUGAACACCUCAGAGUGGCGAGGGAGCUCAAUGCACUAGCGGUGCUCUAUCAAAAACAGAACAAGUUUGAACAAGCUGAACAGCUGAGGAAAAAGUCUCUAAAGAUACGACAGAAAGCUGCAAGGAGAAAAGGCAGUAUGUAUGAGUUUGCUCUCCUGCGCCGCCGAGCUCUGCAAUUAGAAGAGCUCACAUUAGGCAAAGAUACCCCUGAUAAUGCUCGGACACUAAAUGAACUUGGGGUGCUUUACUACUUGCAGAAUAACCUGGAAACAGCGGAAAUGUUCCUUCAACGCUCACUGGAAAUGAGGGAGCGGGUUCUGGGUCCAGAUCAUCCUGAUUGCGCCCAAUCCCUCAACAAUCUGGCUGCUCUUUAUAAUGAAAAGAAGCACUAUGACAAGGCAGAGGAACUGUAUGAGCGAGCACUAGACAUCCGGAGGAGAGCCCUGUCUCCUGAUCACCCAUCCUUGGCCUACACUGUCAAGCAUCUGGCUGUGCUGUACAAAAGAAAAGGAAAACUCGACAAGGCUGUUCCUCUUUAUGAGCUGGCAGUGGACAUUCGUCAGAAGUCGUUUGGACCAAAGCAUCCCAGUGUUGCCACUGCCUUGGUGAACCUUGCAGUACUGUAUUGCCAAAUGAAAAAACAAGCAGAUGCCUUACCGCUGUAUGAGCGUGCCAUGAAGAUUUAUGAAGAUAGCUUGGGUCGAAUGCAUCCAAGAGUUGGAGAAACACUAAAAAAUUUAGCUGUCUUACGGUAUGAAGAAGGAGACUUUGAGAGGGCUGCAGAGCUGUAUAAAAGAGCUAUGGAAAUUAAAGAAACAGAAACAUCGGUCUUGGGUGUGAAAGCCCCAUCUGGUCAUUCUUCUAGUGGCGGGGACACCUAUAGCCUCCGAAAUACUCUACCAGCUGGUGCAUUCCCUGAGUAAUGACCCGAAAAUAUAUCUUGUGGUCGUUUUAAACCCACUCUAAAAUCUUCAUGAUCUGACUGUGUUAAUUGAUCUGAAGAAGGAGGUUAAUGUGCCCCAUUAUUUGUCUCUGAAUUUAACAGUAUUGGAGGGUGUAGUGAAUCAAAAUAUGUUUAUGCUCCAAAUAAAAAAAUAUAUAUUUUGAAACUUCCAAAAACAUAAUAAACCUGUCCUCUAUCCAGUAACAUUUUAUAGAUAUUCUAAAAUAAUUUAUAGAAAUAUGUAAUCAUAUUUAUUUGUAUAGUUUAUCCAACAGAUAUUAUGUAUAUAUUUUAAGUCUGUGCUUGAAAAUAAGAAUAUAUUAAUACAAAAGUAUUAUUUUAUAAAACAUUAAAUUGAUUUUCUUUUUUUA